AUGUCCUACAGACUCAUCGCUUCUGUCGCUGUCCUUGCGACCGCUGUUAUGGCCAAGACGGACCUCGCCGGCUGUGUAUCCUCCGACUCAGUCGUCACCCCUACCCAGGGCGGCACUCCCUAUGCGACCGUCGUCUGGUACGUCCCCGGCACCGGGGAGAUCUGCGCCGCCCUCGACUGCGGCGGCGGCCGCGCCCCUCCCAAGACCGAUGUCCCCGGCUGCAUCGGGUACAAGGGCACCGAAGCGUACUCGCCUUCGUUCCUCCCGCUGGCGACCAGCGACGCCUACCUCGCCCAGCCCACGCGGCCGUCCGUCAUCACGUCGGCUCCGGAGAGCGCCAUCCCCACUGUCCUCGACACUGCUGCCCCGAGCGAGACCAAGCCGGGCGAGAUCAAGCCGAGCGAGAUCAAGCCGAGCGAGAUCAAGCCGAGCGAGACUGAUCUGGUUGAGAGCGAGUGUAGCACCGAGAUCGAGACUUCGGCUGCGCCAGCUGUCACCCAUGUCGUCUCUCCUCCUACUGGGGUGAAUGCGACGGCCACUUUCCUGAUGACUACCCCCAAGUCGGCUGCUGGCCGCCAGACUUCAAUCAUGAGCAACGGUUCCGCUCCCACCUCAGCCAUAACAAGACCCAGUGCUUCGGCUCCUAUCGGGGCGUCGCGCGAGCUAUUCGGUCUAGUUGCCAGCAUGGCUAUCGCGGCGGUUUUGUUGUAA